AUGAAAUCUCAAAACCUGCCUUUUCAGCGUUUUCGUCAGCUUUUUUUUUCUCAAAUUCAGUGGGAUUCAACAUCAGUUUGUGACAGGUUCAUUAUUAAUUUUUACCGGCAUCAUGCUAAAUAUGUCAAUUUAAAUACGAAUCGAACACAACAUGUGGGUCAAGUAAAAGCUCUAAGCAAAAAUAACAAAACUCAUACGAGCAUCAAAUAG